GGUUCUUCUCGGUUCAUUGAAAAGUCGAUUCUCUGCACACGUUUUAUGCUUUGCUGAAGUUGAUACAAAAAUGUUGACACCUGACUGUUUCACGGUUGGAUGAAGGGAGAGAAUUGAUUCAAUGGCAACGCCCCAAAGCUGAUGUUAUAAUAGAAAGUGUAAAUAUCUAACUGCGGGCUACAUGACUUGCUGGCAAAGAUAAGUUUUAACAACGGGAGGUUACCUGAACUGUCCCGAUUGCAAGUCAAGAUACAUUUAUUGAAACACUACAUCUGGAACAGCGAGAAUGAUCAACGAAUUGGCGUUGACGACUGAAUCGUCAGUAGCAGAGUUUACAGCUGUCAAUGUUUCUGCCUAUACAAGUUACUUCCCGCCUGGAUCUCUUGAGAUUCUCACACUUGUAGAUUUUAUCAUUAUCUACACCAUCAUCUCUGUGCUUGGCAUCAUCGCCAACUUCAUUAACAUCGUUGUUUUCGUCAAAAUGGGUCCGCAGGAUUCAGUCAACAUCAGCCUCCUGGGUCUGUCCAUCUCUGACUUCCUGUUCCUUCUGCUGACUCUCUUCUUAAGUAUCUGCUACUAUCCCUUCUGGCAGCACGCCGACCUGAACUUCAAUAUCGUCGACAUGAAGAUGUUGACCUUGGGUUGGCCUCAGUUCUACUUCAAGAGAGUCGGCAACUGGAUCACAGCCUUCAUCAUGCUGGAGAGAUGCAUCUGCAUCGCGUUGCCCCUCAAGGUGAAGGACAUCAUCACGCCGAAGCGCACCAUCGCCAUCUUGGUGUUGAUCUACUUGAUGAUGGCGCUGGCUAUCUCUCCGGCCUACGUGUCGGCCAGCUACCAGCCUCGCUGGGACAGCAAAAAGAAUCGAACCAUGAUCGUGUUCGUCUUUCACGAAAACACCGCGCAGAUUGACGCCAUUUCCACGGCCAUCUCUUUCGCCUUGACCCUCAUCACCUUUGUGUGGGUGGUCAUCUGCACUUUCAUCCUGGUCAUCAACUUAAAGAUAAAAGGGAAAUGGCGCAAAGAGAUGACCGGACACGAGAAGUCCAGGAAUGUCACGUCUAGAGAUCAGAAGGUCAUCAAGAUGGUCACUCUCCUCUCUAUAAUUUUCAUUAUCUCCUUCACCCCUGACGUCAUUGUCCUCCUCUUUAUGACCUUCGAUUACCGCGUGUCCAUCUACGGCGAUUACUUUGACCUCUUCUUGGCCCUGAACGGCAUUAGCGAGCCCUUCCUUGCCAUCAGCGCCACAGUCAACAUCUUUGUGUACCUGACCAUGAGCUCCAAAUAUCGCGAGAUUUAUAUGAGAUAUUUCUAUAUACACAGGAAAUGUCAGAAAGUAUAACAAGUCAAAGUCUCUGUUUAAACAGGUGAAAGGCUAAACAUGGGUAAAAUGUGGAUGCAUUUGCUUAUUGUACUAAUGACUUUUUAUAUAAAAACAAUGAGUACAGAAUAAAAAAUAUAUCUUUGUAUCUUUAUAUAAUUUCUGAUAAAACACAAUUUUGUUAAAUAUUACUUGCUUCUAGUAAAGUUUCCCUUUCUGACCUUGCGAUCUAUAGUGCAGAUGAUGUUAAGGUCAUCUGUUUCUUUGGCCAACGGUCAACGAGCAAGGUAUUCCCAGGUUAUGAAUGUGACCAGUAUGCAAUUGGGGGCACGGUAGCUGAUAGGUUAAGCGCUCGGCUUCUGAACUUGGGCCCCUGGGUUCUCGGUGAAGACUGGGUCUGGGAUUAUGAAUUUCGGGAUUUGUAGGGCGACCCUAGGUCCACCCAAUUGUAAUGGGUAUCUGCCUUUAAUUGGGUAAAGUAUUGGCGGUUAGUUGUUGUGCUGGCCACAUGACAUCCUGCUUGUUAACCGUAGGCCACAGAAACAGAUGACCUUAACAACAUCUGCCCUAUAGAUUGCAAGGUCGGAAAGGGGAAAUUUACUAAUUGCUUCUGAGCUUAAAGAGUUAUUUGUCUAAUUUAGUUUCAACACUAUUAAAGAGCGACG